AAAAUUUCGGUUAACUAAUAUACUAAAAAUAAAAUAAAAAUAAAAGAAUAUAAAUUCACCUAUCGGCACAAACGCGUAGUGUUAGUCCAAUAGCGGAUGAUAGUUCAACAUUCGAUGGCACAAGUAAACUCACUGUAUAACAAAAGGUGAAGAAAAGGGCUACAGAAGGUAUUCAACUGUAAGAGAAAACGCGUAAACCGUGUCCAAGGACUAGAAAAAGAAUUCUUUCGUUCCUUCAUUCGGUCGUAUAUUACCUGCUGAGAGGAAGGUUGGUCAAAUACAACAGAAACAAUCCAAAGGGAAAAAAGGGAAAAUUGAAAAAAGAAAGAAAAAAAAAGUGAAAGUAUAAAGAAGGAAAGAGAAGGAAGCUAUGUGUUCUUAGAACAAGCCUCGUGAUCCGCUUAGUCGUGGCCUCCAGAAUAGGGUGAAGAGGGAUGAGAAGAAGGGGAGAGGAGGACUCUUGGGACAAAAAGAGGGGAAGUAAGGCCUGAGUGAAAGUAGGAGGUGGUUUAGCCCCUCGGUUGGGGUGGGCGUCCGACGGUUAGCGCGUACGCCCCUGCGUAACGAGUUUCGGUCUCGGAGCGACGCGUUCGACCAAUCGGAGCCACCGUCGGUCGUCCUCGGCUACGGUGAACGGUGCUGCUUGCGCGCCGCCCCACCGUCCAAAGUAGUCCUCUUUCGGUGCUGGAUUCGUGGCCUUGUUUCCGUGAACGCGAGGGACGAACGAAACGGCGCGUCCCACGUAUUUGAUGCGUGCCCCGCGCGCACACGUACACGAACUGUUCUAUAGUAACAAGCACACAUACUUACCUUAACGCGUCCUCCUGUCCGCGCCUACCAAGCAGUCACGUUGCGAAUUGCGCUUGAUCCCAAACGAUCAUCAUCCUCCUCCUCGUGUGAUAUCGUGUUUUCCUCUUUCGAACUAAUGUUGUGAAUGUGAAUUCACUUCCCUGAAAACUUUUGUGUAGCGGCGUGCCCGCUCGAGUAUUCUUGGACCUCUUUCCCCUCUAACUUCUUCGUCGAAAAUUACUUUUAAUUUUGGCGGCAAUUUCGAACACGAUAAUUUUUUUUAUUAUUAAUUAGGGUAAUUAUUUUAAUGAAGAAAACAUACGCGUAGGAUUAGUAUAAUGGAAAAAGGAAUGUAACAGUAGUGUCAUGAUGUGGCGAGUGUUGGUAGUAUAGUAGUGUAGUGGUAUUAACAGAGUGGUAGUGUUAGGUAGUAGUGGUAGUGCAGUAGUGUAGUAGGACUGGUGUGAGAAUCGAAGAAAGGAACCAGUAGUAAACGUGCAGACGUAUGCAUAAGGCGGUAUGUAGUAAGGAGAUAUCUUGUAGAAAAAAAAAAUAUAACAAUGCUACCUGCUCGAACUACUUGCAAGGAGCGCAUUGAAUAUAGCGCGUAAGAACUCUUUCGAAAGUACUGAUCGGUUCGAGAAGGAUUAUUUAAUAAGAUUAAUAAUUAUACGAAGAUGUUUGUUUCAAUGUAAAGAAACUGAAGAGACGCAUUUUAAGGUUAGAAUUAUAAAAGGAAAAAAAUAGUGGCUCUCAGAAAGUAAAUUUUGUUAGAUACAUUGUGUGCACUAGAAAGAUUGUGAAGGGGGAGGGAGAGGCAAGGAUAGAGCGCGCGUAGAAGCAGAGUGGACGACCAGAGGCGGAAGAGGAAGGGGCGGUGGUGGUGGCGGUGGCGGCGGGAACGGAAGAGGAGGAGGUGGUGGAGGCGGCGGCGGUGCCGUUUCGUAGAGCCAGAGCACGUGUUGGCCGAGAAUUAGGUGGAGUCCCAUGUGCAAAGUGGGUGGAGGCUGCCGCAUCGUGAGGCUGCCUUCCGCGCGUUAUAUCGCAAGUACGUGAGCCCGAGUAUUAGUGAAGUGUACCGACAGAAAAUAAAGUGGUUUUUAUUAUUACAAUAACAACUUCUAUCGCGGGAGAAUGCUGAAAAAUGAAAUCCUAGCAUAAAAACUGUAGACGUCAAAUUGAUUUUAAAGUUUAUACUGAUUUACUUGCCAAAAGUAAAAAAUAAAUAUUUUCAUCAUGAAGCGCAGCGCUGAUGGAAGAACUAUCACUCAAGAAGAGAUCGAUGAGCAAGAUCCUUUACAAUCGCAAACUUCUCAACAUCAAGAUGAAGCCGAACAGCAACAGUUGGACCAACAACAGCAAACGGCUCAACCACAAAUUAGAUUUUUAAGUUCCAAUAUGUUACAACAACUUCAACAACAACAACAAGAUGUUCAACAGCAAGCGCAACAACAACAACAGCAACCACAGGUUAUUACUUUACAACAACUGCAAAAUUUUGUGCCUUUACAAGCCCAACAAGCGCAACAUGAUCAACAAAGGACGCAAACAAUUUCUGUACAAUCUUUGCCUCAGCAAUUUUUACAGGGUGCACAAAUACUUGGUACUCAAGCUCAAGCAGCGCUUCAGCAGCAGCAACAACAAGCACAGCAACAUCAGGCACAACAACAAACGUCACAACCGCAGCAACAGCAACAGCAACAACUUAGUUAUAAUGUGAUACCACAAAUGCAAGCUGUAAAUAUUGAAGGGGGAGAAACUAUAUUCCUUCCAUGUUCUGCGAUGUCAGGUGCUGCGGCUCACCAUCAAACACAGCCUACAAUGCAAUUUGCUACUGCUAAUGGACAGCAAGUACAACUAGCCAGUCAACAAGUGCAAUUGGCUAAUGGCCAAACUAUUAUAACACCGCAACCUGUCAGUCUUAUAAGAGCGCCUGGAGUAUUUCCUACCUCUAUUAUUCAAAACAUUGCUGGGCAAACAGUUCAGUUGCCUACAGGACAAAGUGUUCAAGUAAGACCAUUACAAUUUCCUAUGCAACAUGUUCAGCAAACUGUGCCUGUUCAAGUACCAGUCACUGCCAGUAAUGGACAAACUGUCUAUCAAACUGUGCAUUUUCCUGUUCAAGCUUUAUUAAGUGUCUUUAAUAUGCCAGCUACGCAAAUGAUACCACAAAUUACACAACAAAUUCCUCAAAUGGCUCAAAUUAUUACACCAAAUGGACAGAUUCAACAAGUUCAGAUUGCAAAUUUACCACAACUGCAAAGUUUACAAAGUCAACAAGUAACACAAAUGGCUCAACAAGUUGCUCAACAGCAAGCACAGCAGCAACAAGCAGUACAAGCGCAAGUUCAGCAGCAACAACAAGCUGCUGUACAAGCGCAAGUCCAACAGCAACAACAACAGCAGCAGCAGCAACAACAACAACAGCAACAAGUCGUACAAGUAAUACAGCAACAGCAACAACAGCAGCAACAGCAACAACAACAGCAACAACAACAGCAGCAACAACAACAAGUUCAACAGGUACAACAAUCAUCAGCACCAGCUUCUACAGUAGCAACUUGGAGUACAACUGUUACAACUCCAAGCAAUGUUCAGGUACUUGGUAUUGGUUCACUUGCAAGGCCUAUGCCAGCAAACAGCAGUGUAAUUACUACGAAGGAUGGUCAGAAAAUUGAUGUGCAGACGUUAACUGCUUUAACAAGACCACCUGAAACAAUUGAAGGUGAUAUAAAAUUGACAAAUAUAGAUGCAAGUCAAUUGGCUAAUCAAAUUAUACAUAUUCCAACUGCACAAUCUGCGCAAACUACAGUUCAACCAAACACGAUAACAGGUGCGCAAGGUCAACAGCUUACUCUAAUUCCUGCAUCUGCUCUAGCAAAUUUAACUGCUCAACAAGGGAAUAUGAUGAGAAGUGUUGGUAGCGGGAGUAUAAUGCAACUGCAACCUGCUGCUGGAAUGAAUACUACAAAUGGAUUUCUUCAAUCCAUACCUCUACAGAAUAUUCCAGGUUUAGGAAAUGUACAAGUAAUACCUGCAAGUGCGUUACAGCCUGCUACUGUACAAACUUUACCUACUGCUGCUACAGCACCUAUUGUCGCUGCUCCAGCUUUACAACUAGAGUCAAGUGAUCCAUCUAAAUGGCAAAUUCUACAAACAUUGCAACCAAAUGGAACGCUUACGACGUCAGCUCCUACAUCACAUCAACAUCAAAUAACAACUGCAACAAAUGCAAACGUAGAUACAGAUACUAAUAAACAACAUCGAAGAAGAGUGGCUUGUACAUGUCCUAAUUGCGGUGAUGGUGAUAGAAAUAGGGACAUGACUCGAAAACGUCAGCACAUUUGUCACAUUGCUGGUUGUAAUAAAGUUUAUGGGAAAACAAGUCAUCUUCGGGCUCAUUUAAGAUGGCACACAGGGGAACGACCAUUUGUUUGUACUUGGGUAUUUUGUGGAAAAAAAUUUACAAGGUCAGACGAAUUACAACGGCAUCGUAGGACACAUACUGGAGAGAAACGAUUCGAGUGUCCUGAGUGCACGAAAAAGUUCAUGCGAUCAGAUCAUCUGACAAAGCAUAUUAAAACGCAUACAAAAAUUCGUAGUACGGAAGCUGCCACUUCUACCCAGGAAGGCUCCUCUGAAAGCCAAUCUUCCGCGGAAGAAAAAAUUAUAAUUGGUCUUCAUAAAACAGAGCCAGAACAGGGAGCGAUUAUUUUAUCGGAACCAAUAGACGAAAUAAAAACUGAUACGAUUAAGCAUAUUACAAACGAAUAAUAUGUUAAUGUCUUUUACAUUUGAGUUUUCUUAAUGGAGCUUAAACGAAAGUCAAAUCAAAUGAACUUUCUAGUA